AGAUACAUUAUGUUCCACCACUGCUUGUGUGCCUGCUGUGUCUGAGCUCCUGUGGAUACUAGCAGCAAGCAAAUGCUCUGAACAGAACCAAAACAAACAAUGGCCUGUCUUACAAUGACAAAUAUGGAAGGUACAGCAACUUCUACUGUCCACCAGAAUGGUGACAUCCAUGGGAAUACCAGUGCACCCAAGCAGACAGAACCAUUGCUUCAAGUGUACCUUUAUCAUUCUCCUGGGAAGACAGGAGGAGAUUACCUUCAAUUUCCAGCUGGAGAAUAUGUUGCGGAAGAGAUUUGUGCUGUUGCCUGUAAAGCCUGUGGUAUCAUGCCAGUGUAUCAUAACAUGUUUGCACUCAUGAGUGAAACAGAGAGAAUGUGGUAUCCCCCAAAUCACAUCUUCCAUGUAGAUGAAACAACCAGACUUACCCUAAUCUACCGGAUAAGGUUUUAUUUUCCCCACUGGUAUUGCAAUGGCACCAGCAGAGCAUAUCGGUAUGGCAUUAUCCGAGGUGCAGAAAGCCCUGUUCUUGAUGAUGUUGUCAUGGCUUACCUAUUUGCACAGUGGCGAGAUGAUUUUCUGGAUGGAUGGAUACAGAUGCCUGUAACUCAUGAAACACAAGAAGAAUGCCUUGGGAUGGCUGUUCUGGAUAUGAUGAGAGUGGCCAAAGAAAAGGACCAAACCCCACUGGCUAUUUACAAUUCAGUCAGCUACAAAAUGUUUUUGCCUAAAUGUGUGCGAGCAAAAAUCCAAGGCUACCACAUUUUGACGCGAAAAAGAAUAAGGUACAGGUUCCGCAAAUUUAUACAACAGUUUGGCCAAUGCAAAGCUACUGCCAGAAACCUGAAACUUAAGUAUCUUAUAAAUCUGGAAACCCUUCAGUCUGCCUUCUAUUCAGAGGUUUUUGAAGUAAAAGAACCUGGUGGAGAUCCUUCUGGAGAGGAAAGUUUUGCAACCAUUGUAAUAACUGGAAAUGGUGGAAUUCAGUGCUUAAGAGGAAAACUUAAAGACUAUGAGACACUGGCAGAGCAGGAUUUACAAACAUACUGUGAUUUUCCUGAUAUCAUUGAUGUCAGCAUUAAACAAGCAAGCCAGGAAGGCUCCAGUGAGAGAAGAAUUGUCACCAUUCACAAACAAGACAGCAAGAAUCUGGAGGCUGAAUUUCAGUCAUUAAGAGAAGCUCUCUCCUUUGUAUCAUUAAUUGAUGGAUAUUACAGAUUAACUGCGGAUGCCCACCAUUAUCUCUGUAAAGAAGUAGCACCACCGUCAGUCCUUGAAAAUAUCCAAAGCAACUGCCAUGGACCAAUUUUCAUGGACUUUGCUAUCAGUAAACUGAAGAAAGCGGGUAAUCAGACUGGUUUCUACGUUCUUCGUUGCAGUCCUAAAGAUUUUAAAAAAUACUUCCUCACCUUUGCUAUAGAGCGUGAGAAUACCACUGAUUAUAAGCACUGCUUAAUUACGAAGAAUGAGAAUGGAGAAUAUAAUCUUAGUGGAACCAAGAGAAGUUUUGGUAAUCUUAAGGAUCUGUUGACCUGUUACCAGACAGAAACUGUCCGUUCAGACAGCAUAAUUUUCCAGUUCAUCAAGUGCUGUCCUCCAAAACCAAAAGAUAAAUCAAAUCUCCUAGUCUUCAGAAGCAAUAGUGUUUCUGAUGUACCUUCAUCACCUACGCUACAGAGACACAAUAAUGUCAACCAGAUGGUCUUUCACAAAAUCCGGAAUGAGGACUUAAUAUUCGAGGAGAGUCUUGGACAGGGCACAUUUACUAAGAUUUUCAAAGGUGUAAGGAAAGAAGUUGGAGACUAUGGCCAGCUCCAUCAAACUGAAGUUCUUUUAAAGGUGCUGGAUAAAGUGCAUAGAAACUACUCUGAGUCCUUCUUCGAGGCAGCAAGCAUGAUGAGCCAGCUUUCUUACAAACAUUUGGUGUUAAAUUAUGGGGUCUGUGUAUGUGGAGAGGAGAACAUCCUUGUACAAGAAUAUGUAAAAUUUGGAUCCUUGGACACAUACUUGAAAAAGAACAAAAAUGUUAUCAAUAUCUUGUGGAAGCUGGAAGUAGCCAAACAGUUGGCAUUAGCCAUGCAUUUUCUGGAGGAUAAAGGCCUUGUUCAUGGGAAUGUCUGUGCAAAAAACAUCUUGCUUAUCAGAGAGGAAGACAGGAAGUCUGGAAACCUUCCAUUUAUAAAACUAAGUGAUCCUGGGAUCAGUAUUACAGUUUUGCCAAGAGAUAUUCUUCUUGAGAGAAUACCAUGGGUUCCACCUGAAUGUAUUGAGAAUCCCAAACAAUUAAGCUUGGCCACAGACAAAUGGAGUUUUGGUACUACUUUGUGGGAAAUCUGCAGUGGAGGAGACAAACCUCUGAGUGCGCUGGAUUCUUCAAGAAAACUACAGUUUUAUGAAGAUAGGCACCAGCUUCCUGCCCCCAACUGGACAGAACUAGCAAACCUUAUAAACAACUGUAUGGAUUACGAGCCAGAUUUCAGGCCUUCAUUUAGAGCAAUUAUACGUGACUUGAAUAGUUUGUUCACUCCAGAUUACGAGCUAUUGACAGAAAGUGAUAUGUUGCCAAAUAUGAGAAUUGGAGCACUUGGAUUUUCUGGCGCUUUUGAAGAUCGGGACCCAACACAAUUUGAAGAAAGACAUCUUAAGUUUUUACAGCAACUUGGCAAGGGAAAUUUUGGCAGUGUUGAGAUGUGCCGGUAUGACCCACUGCAGGAUAAUACUGGGGAGGUGGUGGCUGUGAAAAAGCUGCAACAUAGCACAGAAGAGCACCUUAGGGACUUUGAAAGAGAAAUCGAAAUACUUAAAUCUCUGCAGCAUGAUAACAUUGUUAAAUACAAAGGAGUAUGCUACAGCGCAGGUCGUAGGAAUCUAAGAUUAAUUAUGGAAUAUUUACCAUAUGGAAGUUUACGAGAUUAUCUGCAGAAACACAAGGAGAGGCUGGACCACAAGAAGCUUUUGCUGUAUGCUUCUCAGAUAUGCAAGGGCAUGGAGUACCUGGGUACAAAAAGAUAUGUUCACCGGGAUUUAGCAACAAGAAAUAUCUUGGUGGAGAAUGAGAACAGAGUUAAAAUUGGAAACUAUGGAUUGACAAAAGUCUUGCCACAAGACAAAGAAUACUACAAAGUAAAAGAACCUGGUGAAAGCCCUAUAUUUUGGUAUGCUCCAGAAUCUCUGACAGAAAGCAAAUUUUCUGUGGCCUCGGAUGUGUGGAGUUUUGGUGUGGUCUUGUAUGAACUCUUCACCUAUAUUGACAAGAGCAAAAGCCCACCAGCUGAAUUCAUGCGCAUGAUUGGCAAUGAUAAACAAGGGCAGAUGAUUGUAUUUCAUUUGAUAGAGCUUUUGAAGAAUAAUGGACGACUACCGAGACCAGAUGGAUGCCCUGACGAGAUUUAUGCUAUCAUGAAAGAAUGCUGGAACAAUAAUGUUACCCAGCGCCCCACCUUUAGGGAUCUUGCUCAGCGAGUGGAUCAUAUAAGGGACAACAUGGGUGGAUGAGAAAACUGUCCCACCUUCAGAGGAUGUGUUGGAAUGCAGAACAAACUGUACUUGGUCUGCUGUGUAUAAUUGACAUACGUACACAUGUGCAUCUUACCUUUGCUGGAAGUAA